AUGUUUUGUGGUCGAAGUAUGAGGUGUUUGGGAAUUAGUAAGACAUUAAUUUCCCAGUAUCAUAUUCCAUACAGGCAUAUGUCGACUCGCCGGUCAGAUAGGUUGCGAUAUAUUCAAUGGAGUGUUUUUGUCGGCUUUACAGGUUUGGUCGCAGGAGGUGCAAUAUACAUGUCAAGGGACCUCAAAAAAGCCAGUGAGAAAAAUAUAUCGUUCGGCCGUCCUCAGAUUGGUGGCGAUUUCAAUUUAAUUGAUCAUAAUGGCAAAGCCUGCACGUUAUCUGACUUUCGGGGAAAAUGGAUUCUGUUGUAUUUCGGGUUUUGUCGAUGCCCAGAUAUUUGCCCAGAACAAAUUGAAAGGCUUGUCGAAGUAUGCGACAGAAUAAUGCUUAUUGAAAAACCCAAGUAUCCUUUGGUCCCUGUUUUUAUGACAAUCGAUAGCGAGCGUGAUACUCCUGAGGUUGUGAAUAAUUACAUUAAAGAAUUCUCACCAAAUCUGGUUGGUCUUACUGGUACUAAAGAAGAGAUUGAUAAAGCUGCUAAACUGUAUCGUAUUUAUUAUAGCGCAGGUCCAAAGGACGCUGAUGGUGAUUAUAUCGUCGACCACACUGUUGUCAUGUACCUACUGGAUCCAAAAGGAAAAUUUUCUGAUUAUUAUGGGCAGGUAAAACCAGUACAAGAAAUAGUGCGGAGUAUUGUAGAUAAGAUGAAUGCAUAUAAAGACUAG